UUUUCACUUUGUCACGGCGAACGCAGGCAAGAGCAGCAGCAAAAACCACUGACCACGAUGGCGCCCACGGUGAAAAUGAUCUACUUUCCUUUCCACGGCCUCGGCGAGCCGCUGCGCUUCCUCAUGGCCUACACCGGCAUCGAGUGGACCGAGGAAAUCAUCUCUCUCGAGGAGUUUCCCGCCAAGAAACCGAGCUAUCCCUUCGGGAGGUUGCCGGUGCUCGAAAUGGACGGUUUGACGAUGCACCAGUCGGCGGCCAUCUUGCGCUACCUGGCGCGCAAGGCCGGCGGCUUGUACGGCAGAGAUAAGGUCGACGCCCUGCACUGCGACGUCGCCUACGACACCAUCUCCGACCUCAGGAUCAUGAUGCUCGGCUACUUCUACGAGCCAAAUAAGGAGUCUUCGGACGAGAAGCGCAAGACGGUGCUUGAAGAGCUGGCGCCCAUGUACAUGCGGAACCUGGAGAAACUGGUCAACGAAAAUGGCGGAUACUUCGUCAAUGGACAGUUGACCUGGGUGGACAUCGCGUUCGCUCCGUUGAUCGACUACAUGUCGCACAUGGCCGGCAAGGACCUCGUCGCCGACAAACCGGCCUUGAAAGCCAUCAGGGACCGCGUCUACGCCCUUCCUUCCAUCGCCAAGUACGUCGAGACGCGCGUCAAGUACGCCUACUGACCUGCCAAAUUUGUUAAAUUCAAAUAAAAUGAAGUAAAAACACGA